AUGGAGCAGUCCGGCGUCUUGACCAAGAUCGUGGCGGGUGGUGUUGCGGGGGUUUCAGAAACGCUUGUCACUUACCCAGCCGAAUACGUAAAGACACGCCGCCAACUAUAUUUCAAAGCCACCGCCAACGCAGCAACCGCAAAAGCCAGCCCGCCGCCCAGCUCCCUCGCCAUCAUCCGCGACACAGUCCGCACCUCGGGCGUGAGGGGCAUCUACUCGGGCGUCCAAGCCCUCGCGGCCUCCAACGCCGCGAAAUCCGGCAUCCGGUUCCUCGCCUUUGAAACCACGCGCUCGAAGCUCGAUGCCCUCUCCGGCUCGGAAUCUCCGGCAUCAGGAGGACCGGGAUCGGGAAGGAAGCCCCGCGCGGCGUGGAUCAACGUCGUAAGCGGUCUCAGCGCCGGCGUAGCAGAGUCCAUCGCCGUCGUGACGCCAGGCGAAGCCAUAAAAACCAAAAUGAUCCACGCCGCCGCCGCCGCCACCUCUUCCUCAUCCCCUUCCUCAUCCGCCGCCGGAUCCGCAAGCAGCCAACUCGCAAACCGCGGCCUCAUCAGCGCCGUCAGGAUCCUCAUCCGCGAAGAAGGCAUCCGAGGCCUAUGGAGCGGCUUGACGCCGGUACUCUGCAAGCAAGGAACCAACAGCGCAGUCCGCUUCACGACCUUUGCUAUGCUCCAGGAGCGCGUGGCGGCGCGGUGGCCUCAGCUGGAGGGCGGCGUCGGGAGUACCCUCGUCUUGGGCGGGGUGAGUGGCGUGUUUACGGUGUAUGCGUCGAUGCCGUUUGAUAAUAUCAAGACGAGGAUGCAGAGCGUGCAGAGUGCCGAUGCGCGGUAUGCUGGGAUGGUGGACUGCGCUGCGAGGAUUCUGAGGAGUGAUGGGGUUUUUGCGUUUUGGAGGGGCACGUCGCCCAGGUUGGUUCGGUUGACUCUUUCGAGCGGCAUCACGUUCACGGUCUAUGAUCAAGUGGUGCGUCUGAUGAAAUCGUCGCAAACAGAGCGCAAAGCCAGCGACCUACAACGCCUAUAG